AUGUCGCUCCCGCCGGCUCUGUACCGUGUGCCGCACUGUGUCAGCACCGUCAGCUCUGUACCGUGUGCCACACUGUGUCAGUACCGUCAGCACUGUACCGUGUGCCGCACUGUGUCAGCACCGUCAGCUCUGUACCGUGUGUCGCACUGUUCAGUACCGUCAGCACUGUACCGUGUGCCGCACUGUGUCAGUCAGCACCGUCAGCUCUGUACCGUGUGCCGCACUGUGUCAGUGCCGUCAGCACUGUACCGUGUGCCGCACUGUGUCAGUCAGCACCGUCAGCUCUGUACCGUGUGCCGCACUGUGUCAGUGCCGUCAGCACUGUACCGUGUGCCGCACUGUGUCAGUCAGCACCGUCAGCUCUGUGCCGUGUGCCGCACUGUGUCAGCACCGUCAGCUCUGUACCGUGUGCCGCACUGUGUCAGUCAGCACCGUCAGCUCUGUACCGUGUGCCGCACUGUGUCAGUACCGUCAGCACUGUACCGUGUGCCGCACUGUGUCAGUGCCGUCAGCUCUGUACCGUGUGCCGCACUGUGUCAGUGCCGUCAGCUCUGUACCGUGUGCCGCACUGUGUCAGUACCGUCAGCUCUGCGCGGUGACAGGUGGGCCUCGCUGAUGGCUGAGGGCGACUACCUCCGUCGCCGAGCCCCGCUGGGUGACAGAGCGGCGGCCGACCUCUCCAAGGACAUCGGCUACGUGCUCUACUCGGCGCUGGGCAGCUUCUACGUGCCCUCCAUCAUCAUGAUCUUCGUCUACAUCCGUAUCUACUUCGCGGCUCGGAGCCGCGCGCGUCGCUACGUGAAGCGCCGGCCGCGCGCCGGGCCCGUGCCGCCCACACCUCAAACAGCCGUCGAGGUGCACCACAGCAUGCCGCCUAGCGGUGACACCGACAGUCGUAAGUCGAGCGCCGGCAGCGAGGGUGCGCCGCCGUCGCGCGGCGGCAGUCGCCGGGCGGCGCCGGCGGUGCCGUCGGCGGCGCCGCCGCUGGCCGUGGUGCCGGUGGACAGCGAGCCUAACGGCCGAACACCCAUCUCCGAGUGCAGCGCCGAGCCGGAGCGCUCCUCGUCCGACUCGGGGCCGCAGGCGAGCCGCUGUAACGCCGUGCUGCCGCUGCGCCGCCACCUGCGCGCGCCCGUCUGGGGCCGGAAAACAUCCAAGGCUAAGCGCGAGAUGAUUGACAUGGGUCGGCUGAAGGUGCGGGUCGAGACUCCGGCCGUGUCCGACGCACCGGCCGUGGAGGUGGCUGUCCGGCACAGAGACCCCGACCGCGAGAAACGGCGCAUCGCCAGGAAAAAGGAGAAGCGCGCCACGCUGAUCCUGGGUCUCAUCAUGGGCUCGUUCAUCGCUUGCUGGCUGCCGUUCUUCUUCCUGUACGUGCUGGUACCGCUGUGUAGCUCGUGCCACGUGGCAGACUGGGGCUUCGCUUUCGCCUUUUGGCUGGGUUACAUGAACUCGGCUCUAAAUCCGGUCAUAUACACUAUCUUCAACAAGGAUUUCCGUCGCGCGUUCCGGCGUAUCCUAUUCAAGUGAGCCGGUGCGGAGGCGCCGCGCCCCGUGCGGUCAGCGACGUCGCGGCUCGGCCAGGGCGCCGAGAGACAUCGUCGCCGGCAUCAGGUGAUAAGAGUUUUGUACGGGCGUGAUGAAUCGUACAAAGUCGCUGCGGACCAUGGCGAUCGCAACGCGCGCGCUCGUCGGCACAAGUUUGACAAAAGUUUGAACGUCGUCAGCGCGUCGGGCGACUCGACUCCGUCAGGAACGGAGUGCUGCUGAUGAUAAGCCGCGUCUUGGCAAAGUGAUGUACAUUCUGCCUGCCGGCGCCACCGUUGGACUCCCAUGGGAGCCGAUUCCUGGACUAUCUGUGCUCACGCGGGUGGUGAGCGUGCGCGGGAUGCCGUAGGCUGCGCCGUGCGGUGCAGACUCUGCUGUAGCGAUUCGGACAAGCUCUGUUGUUACACGUCGUUGUCAUGCACGUGCGCGCUGGGUCCGCCGUGCGGGCUCCGACUAUUAGGAACUGGAGGAGCUCCUGGCGAGCCCGGACGAUGGAUGAAUGAAGUCGAGCCACAGCUAGUGAGCGGUAAUGCCGGACAUACCGUGCUGGUAGAAAUGUGUGAGGUUAGAGCGUCCUUCAACUUCUUUCAGUUAGAUAUCCACAAACCGACACAAAAGGCAGGGUAGGAGUUGCAACAUAUUUUACAGCGUAAUAUUUAUUUUCCAUAUUAACGGUGUUCAUAAUUUUUAGAAGCAUGUUGUUUAUUUGAACUAUCAAAAGUGGUGUCAACAACAUCACAUUCUACGAGUAGAGUAUUAGUUUGCAUUGAACUGCCAGUUCUAAACGAGACACGAUCUCAUUUAAAUGAGAAGUUAUUUAGCCAAUUAACCCGCGCCCCAGUGGCGGUCUCAGCCAACUUCGCCCUAGUGGGGGGGGGGGGCAUAUGUUACCACCCACCUCUAACUCAAAAACUAUGAGGGCUAGAAAGACGCGGUAAAUAGCAGUCGAUAGCUCUCAAUGCGUACGUUUGAAAGUAUUUCAGUCAUUUUUCAUCUUAGAGCAAUAUUGGGGUCGCUGGAGGUCAUCAAAGGUCAAACUUUGCCAAAUGUCAUUAUAUUUCUCAGAAAACAUCCAUUUAUCUCAAGAACUAUGAUAGCUAGAAAAACGGAUGGAAAAGCAAUCGAUAGUUUUUGAAUUCUUCUUUUGAUAAAGUCAAUAUCAAAAUUGACCUUAGGUCAACGGUUUAGCCUCCAGAGGGCAAAAACUCCAAAAAUAGCUGUUUUUACGAAAUGUGUUUUUCGACCAUAACUUUUGACUAAAGAAAGCCACAACAUUUCUAUUGCCAGAAUCGUGUUCCUCUCACCGAGACGCGUCGAAUGAACUAUAAUUUGACCUUGAAAGGUCAACCUGAAAAUUUGACCUCAGGUCAAGGUCAUGACCUGACCGGAAAAGAUCAUGAUGCAUAUCAUUCGAUGCGUCUCAACAAGACAAACACAAUGAGACCAUCCCCAGCGUCCUAUCUCUUUCCAAUCGAGAGUUAUUGGCAAAAAGCGGUUUGUAGCCUCAAAUGACCUCGGAUGACCUUUCUAGCAGUGUUCGCCACGGGCCGCAAAAUCCCAGUCCAGCCCAGACCAGGCCCAUGGGUUCACAGCCCGGCCCAGCCCGAGCCCAUUCAUGGUUAAAGCGUCAAAGCCCAGCCCGGCCCAGCCCGUCAAAAAUGAAUGGAUUAAAAAUUAUUGACACCACACAGGUAUCCAAAGGAAGCAAAGAAAGAACCUUAGUUGCAAGCAGCAUGCACAAUGCACAUUGCAUGCGUGCUUUAUUAACUCGUUUUUGAGUCUUGCACAGUACCUAAUAAGCUAUGACGUUAUAGUUUUUGUCUCAGUUGCGAACCCCUGACUCCACUUUACAUUUCUUGGCCCAGCCCAUCCACAGCCCAUCGAUCUCUCAUAUUUGAGGGCCCAGCCCAGCCCGUAGCCCAGCCCAGCCCAUGGCCCAUUGGGCUGGCCCGCCCAUGACGAACACUGCUUUCUAGAGGCUAUCUGCAAAAAAGACAACUUGGUCGUCACGGGUGGUCCAAAUAAUUGUGAUUCUGAAAUAUUUAGACUGUUCCUAUGCGUACACACGGAUCUAGAGGCAUUCUCAUUUUCUCCAUUGACUUAUAAUGGUAAGGUCACGCCACUGACCUGACCUUAGGUCACGGAUAUAAAAAAUCCGAGAUAUACAAAUUGUAGACGCCCAUAACAUCAUGCAAUCCACCAAGUUUAAAACCUUUCUGACAAACAUUGCUGGCUGGACAUGAUUGCAAACUUUUUUAAGGCUUGGUCAGCUAACUUGACCUGGUGACCUGACCUGACAUGACCUGGGGUAAAAAAUUUUCACAUUGUCCAAAAUAGAUGUACAAAAAGCUACCCCAAGCGGCGCGGUGCUACGCGCCGCGGUUUUUUAUUCACACGCAAAAACCGCGACAGGGUGGUAACAUAUGCCCCCUCCCACUGGGGCGAAGGUUAAUGAAUUUUGAAUUAUCCACUAAAUUCAAAGAAAAAGUAGGUGCAUCAAACAUAUCUCGGUCAAAAAUCAAAGAAAUGAAAAUCAAAUAUAAAGUAACUGGUCUGGCUUCAAUAACCCGUCAGGAUUCACGGGACUUUAUCCGCUUUCUUUCACUAUUUAUUUCUUUCAAAUAUCUGUUAAUAAUGCUAUAAUACGUCUUGCAUUUUUUGCUUUUGCUUUUUUAUACCCAUGCUGCCUUUGGCUCGAAAAGAAGAAAUUGGAAAAAUGUUGAACGAUAAAGAUAAAACAGUAAACAGAGGUCAUUUGAAACAGUUAUUCUUUCCAAAACGUACUGACUCUUUAGGUAGCCUAUACAACGGAUAUCAAAUUUUCGUUCACAUAAUCCUAAAAUACUCAUUUGAUGUGCCAUGCGCAAAACAAGGGUAAAGUUUUUUGGUACUGACGAUAAAAAGCUGCUAAUGAAACCAAACGCGGUUUUAUUGCAUUGUCACUCACAUUUUCUGUUGUUUAUGGAAUGUUCUUAUAAAUAAUAGACGUAUAGCCUGUGGGGCAACGGACUAGUUAGCUCUAAACAAAUGGCACGCUACAAACAACACAUCGAUGCUCUAAUACAAUUGAUAUAGAUGACUCCAAUAAAUGGAAUAGUCUCCCAGCUCAGUUCGCCAGUGACCAUCUGAACACGGUCAGUGUAAUUGAUUGCUCUUCGCGCCUGUAUUUAUUCAAUAAAUAACAUAUCCAUAUUUGUUGUUAGCCAUGCUAGUUACAGUUAUGAUGCUCUAAUGACCAAAGGCAGUGUGUGCGUGUGUAUCAAGUGUUGUCUCUUUUCCGCCAUCUUCAUAUAGGUACUAUAGCGCUGCUACCACUGUGUGCUGAAGGUAAAAUCACCGUGCAAUGGAAUGCGAGUCAGGCGGGCGUGCUUUGUCGUCAAACGCUGUAUUGUAAAUAUACGAUUCUGAU